AUGAAAGAAAUACUCAGAAAUGAGUACGUCAGAAGAAUGAAAAAGAUCCUCAAGUCCAAAUUUAAUGCAGGAAAUAUCAUCAAGGCAAUCAACGCACGGGCUGUAUCAAUCAUAAGGUAUGGAGCAGGGUUAAUUGAAUGGACAAAAGAAGAACUAAAGGAAAUGGACAGAAAGACAAGGAAGAUACUUACUAUUUAUAAGUGCUUCCACCCAAGAGAUGAUGUUGACAGGCUGUAUUGGAAGAGGGUUGAAGGAGGGAGAGGAUUGCAGAGUGUGGAAGAUGUUGUAAAAAUUGAAAAAUGCAGCCUAGGGCACUACCUCGAUCACCGACAGACAGAAGAAGAGUUAUUAAAAGAAGUCAAGAUAGAAAACAUCUUCAAGGAAAGAGAAGCCAAAAGAAAGAAAGAAAACCAUCAUAAACAGAAGCAAAGAACGUUUCCAUGA